CACACUGGUUUUAUUCACUGAGCUCCUAUACUUUAUUUGUUUUUUUGCCUUUUUUUAUAUUUUUUAAAUUCACCUGAAGGAACUUGUUUUUCUUUUUCCGUUACUGCAUUUUUUCCUCCAGAAACUUUCACCUAUGGUUCGCGAAUAUGGGUCCAUGUUGUGGUUUCUCUCGAGGAAACAUCGUUUUAUUCCUGCUGCUGUGGUGUGAAGGAUCCACAGGGCUGUACUUCCCUCAGAAUGAGUACACGGAGACGGUGUACGUGGGCCAGCCCGCGGGCACGCCCAUCCUCCAGGUCCACGCCAUGCUGGACAGCGAGUCCGAACGACCUCAUUUCUACCUGUGCUGGCCAAUCAGAAUCCCCUCGUACAGCCAGUGGUUCCAGAUGGACAUCAACACGGGGAUACUGUCCCUGAAUAAAAGCCUGGAGGAGAGUGACUUCGCCUUGCUGCAUAAGAAAUCAUGGCCUGUGAAGAAGUUAAUCCUCAGUGCCAUGGUGCUGCCCAAGCCCACCAGGAAGCUCCAGUGCAUCGGCAAAAACUCACCGCGGCUCACCCUGUACUUUGUCAAUGCCACGGUGCCGCAGUGUGCCCAGACAGACAUGGAGGAGCUGUGCUUCCCACACAGAGACACCUCCAACCCCCACAUCAUGGAGAACAGGUUCCCAGGGGCCCUCCGGCAGCUCAGGCGUCUCACCAGACUGGGCAUCUGCCCCAACUACACCAUCUCCUACAGCGUGGAGUCAGAUACCCCGGCACCGUUUGCCGUAAACGAGAACACCACAGAGCUGGUGGUGACGGCUCCUUUGGACCGCGAGGAGAGUGAAAUCUACAGGCUGCUGCUGGUUUGCACCGUCCUGACAGAAAAAAUCGAAACUAAGCUCAGAACGUCGCUGGACGUCUUCGUCAACGACGAGGAUGACAAUGCACCGUAUCUGAAUGGCACAGACACAGUGGAGGUCGUCAUCAGCUUCAAUCGCUCCCAGGAUGCCUCUUUUGCCACGUUGUCAGUCUAUGACAGAGACUUGACUGCCAUAUAUCCCAAAGACCAGAUUCACAAUAAAUAUGUGGGGACGAUGCUCAACACUGACCCAUGGAUCAAGGACACAUUCGACAUAAAAGGCACCUUCAGGGAAAAGAAAGCCGCUUCCGGCAGCAUUCGAGAGACGGUCCACGACUACCAGCUUGUCCUGAAGAGGAACUUGUAUGUGAUGGAGAACCGCACCCUGCAGCUGGACUACCUGGUCAACGACACCACCUACCCCGGUCUGGAGGGCACAGUGUUGCUGCACUACAACAUCACCGUCUUACCCGUCCCCAUCCGCUUCACCAACAUCACCUAUCUCUUCACUCUGACGCGCAGGGCCUCUGUUUACGCACAGGUCGGUCGGAUCUGUGUGGAAAACUGCCUGAAGUUCGACGGCUUCGGUGUCACGUACCGGCUCGAGGUGGCCGAUAAGAACGUGUCCGCCGAGCUGCAGUCCUGCUACGCAGCCAUCAGCAUCACCCAGAGCCCCACGGACAUGUGGGGGCUGCUGUACGUGAACGACACCGAGGCGCUCCGCCGGCCGCAGUGCCAGGACCUGCAGUACGUCGUCAUCGCCCAGGAGGAGCACAAGCAGCUGCAGGCCAGCACUCAGAUCCUCAUCGUGCUCGACGGGGAGGACAAGGCCAGUCAGGAGAACCAGCACUUCCUGUCCUGUGCGGAGAGCAGACAGAGAGGAGACUGUGAGGCCGUGCAGGGCCUGGGGGCGACGACGGGACGAUGCCAGUGGAGGCAGGGCACCGAGAAAGGAAUAUCGGAGAAUUACUCGACCUGCUCUCCUGACCUCCGCACAUGUCCUGAUGGGUUUUGUGACGCAGUGGAGAGCAAAGACAUGCUGAUCUGCCCUCAGGACUGCACGACGGAAAAUGUUAUCGGAGGCCAUGAGAAAGGCUUGAUGUUUGGCAUCAAGGCCGGCUACGGGACCUGUUACUGCUACUCUGAGAAAUGCUUCUGCGAGAAGGACAAUGUUGAAGACGCGAUAUGCGAUGACAUGUGCAAGACCAUCAUCGCCACGGCUCUGCUCCUCUCCUUCAUCAUCUCCAUCCUCCUGUCCUCAUACUUCAUCCACCGGUACCACAAGAACUCCCCCAAGCCCCCGAUAGCCUCAGCUGAGAUGACUUUCCGCCGUCCGGCCCAGGCUUAUCCCAUCAGCUUCCCCGCCAACAACGUGCGCCGUGGAUCGCAGGAGUCCAUCGAGACCGACACCUUCAAAAUACCCGAGGACCCUAAGUGGGAAUUUCCCCGUAAAAACCUGGUACUCGGCAAAACUUUAGGAGAAGGAGAGUUUGGAAAAGUCGUCAAGGCGACGGCGUUCAGGCUGAAAGGAAAGGCCGGUUACACCACAGUGGCUGUGAAAAUGCUUAAAGAAAACGCCUCGCACAGUGAGCUGCGUGACCUGCUGUCAGAAUUCACUUUACUGAAGCAAGUCAACCAUCCGCACGUCAUAAAGAUGUAUGGAGCGUGCAGCCAGGACGGUCCAUUGUAUCUGAUUGUGGAGUAUGCCAAGUUUGGAUCCCUGCGCAACUUCCUGCGCGAAAGCCGUAAGGUGGGACCGAGCUACAUGGGCAGGGACGCCAACCGCAACUCCAGCUACCUGGAGAACCCGGACGACAGGGCGCUCACCAUGGGCGACCUCAUCUCCUUUGCGUGGCAGAUCUCCAGGGGAAUGCAGUACCUGGCCGAAAUGAAGCUUGUUCACAGAGACCUAGCAGCAAGAAAUGUCCUGGUGGCCGAGGGGCGGAAGAUGAAGAUCUCGGACUUUGGCCUUUCCCGAGACGUGUAUGAAGAGGACUCGUAUGUGAAGAGGAGCAAGGGCCGUAUACCUGUUAAGUGGAUGGCAAUCGAGUCCUUGUUUGAUCACAUUUACACAACACAAAGUGACGUGUGGUCGUUUGGUGUGCUGCUGUGGGAGAUAGUGACACUGGGAGGAAAUCCGUACCCAGGCAUCGCUCCUGAACGCCUCUUUAACCUCCUCAAGACCGGCUACAGGAUGGAGAAACCAGAGAACUGCUCCGAGGAAAUGUAUAAUCUCAUGCUUCGAUGCUGGAAACAAGAAGCAGACAAGAGGCCCACAUUCUCAGACAUCAGCAAAGAACUGGAAAAGAUGAUGGUGAAAAGUCGGGAUUACCUGGACCUGGCGGCGUCCACGCCAGCCGACGCCCUGCUGUACGACGACGCCCUCUCUGAAGAGGACACACCACUAGUGGACUGUAAUAACGCCCCUCUCCCUCGAACCCUCCCCUCCACAUGGAUUGAAAACAAGCUCUAUGGCAUGUCAUACCCGAACUGGCCUGAGAAGAGCCCGGUACCGCUCAACAGACAUGAUGCCACUAAUCCAGUCUUUACAAGAUAUGCCAAUGAUAGUGUUUAUGCAAACUGGAUGGCUUUGCCUUCACCCGCAAAAGCUGUGGACAAGCUCGAUAGCUAAAGACAAAACAGCACUGUAGAAAAGAUCACCAAUCGGUAGAUGUGUAUAUUUCUAUAAAACUGUACAUAUACAAUCUGAUGCUAAAGUUGGUUCCCUUUUAUUUCUGUUGCACGGGUAUUCAAAGUUUUAAACUGGGAUGGUUUUGUGCUGCAAAACGGCUGGAAUAACCUAGACCACGCUUCACGCAGCUCCUCGGUAUGUUAAUCAUUACCUCAAGGUCAUGUUGGCCAAACUGUAUCAUUGCAUGACUAUUGUACCAGAUUGUAUGUCAGUGUCAAUGUCUUUCAAGUGCCUGUGCCGCUUCAACAAUAGCCUCCAAUUAUUAAUGUAUGACUGUGAAGAUCUUGUUCCAGCCCAGGAAUUAAAGGGGACGUCUUUACCAUCACCUGUUGUAGACUUCUGGGAUUGAGUGGACAAAAAGGAGAACGCUGAACUUGUUCUGAAAAUGUAAAGUUUCUACUUGAGAGGAUCGUGUUCUUCAGAGUAAACUCACCCCUGUUGUGUUCCCCCCAUCCCACAGAAUUAUGUUUCAGACUGUUCUUGCCAAAGAAAAUAAUUCAGACAUGUUCAGUAAGUCUUUUUUUUCUCUUUGUUGGUUUAGUAUUAUUUUUUUACAUGGAAAAAUAUCAACUAGUGAGUGCUAUGCUCCCGUGUAAGGACAUGCGUCUUCACGUAGAUUGUGGCCGUGUCCUGUGUCAAAACUCUCGUUCACUUUUUUGAUUCACUGUAAUGGCAAUCUUUGUGGGGAAAAAGAGAAAAAAAAGUAUGAUUAUGUAAACUAAUGAGUGUUAUCACUGUUAUGUUGUUGUUAUUUGAUUAUGUUCAAGUUAAUAAUAAACAUUAAAAAUGUGC